AUGCAAAGACAAUCAAGGAAAAAAGUUUCCAAACCUAAAUCUUUAUCAUCAUCAUUAAAACAAAGUUCACUAACUAGCUUUUUUGUAUCAAAAAAAAAUGCAACUACCCAAAGCCCAAAUAAUAAUUCAACUGUAAAUAUUAAACAACAUAGUUCAGGUCCUUUAACAAAAUUGGAAAAAAAAAAUACUAUUCUUGUGGAAGAAAAUAUUCAGAGAAACAAGUCAUAUGCAAAUAAUGAAAAUAUUACUGCAGAUAGCAUUAGUGCUAUUACCAGUAACAAUGGCACCACUAUCGGGUCCAGAUUUUUCUCUCUUUCUCAAAGAUCCUCUCAAAAUACUUUAGAUAAUGAUCCCUUUGGAGAAGAUGAACCCCUCAAUACUCAAGCUAAAAUUAUGAAAUUGAAGCAGAAAACCAACGUGGAAAACUUAUUUAAUAAUAAAUCAAGAACUUCUUCAAGCGGUUUGAUUUCUUUAAGUAGAAAUAAUAGUGGAUUUGACGAUAUAAAAUAUAACCCUUCUUUUACUUAUAAAAACAGCAUAUCUAAUAGCAAUGGAAAUUCACCAAAAAACAAAGACUAUAGCAGCAGUAGUGAAAAUGUUUCUCCAUCCGUAGAUUUAAAAAGCAUCUUAUCUAAUAAAUAUCAAAAAGAUAACGAUACAUACAAAAAGUUUAAGAAAGAUUUGAGAGGGAAAUUAAGUAGUACUUUACGAAAUAAAAGUAAAAAGGUUGAGAAAAGUGUUACUUUAUCUAGAGAGCAACAAAAAGUUGUUGAUUAUAUUAUUAAUGACAAACUGAACAUAUUUUAUACGGGUAGCGCAGGUACUGGUAAAUCUGUUGUUUUACGAACAGUUAUUGAAAAAUUGAAAAGUAUUUACGGAAGGGACGCCAUUGCCAUCACUGCUUCCACUGGAUUAGCGGCAGUCAAUAUCGGGGGCAUCACCAUAAACAAAUUCUGUGGUUUCGGCAUUGGUAAAGGAAGUAACGAGAAAUUGGCAAGUAUGGUUAAAAACAACAGAAAUAGUAUAGAACGUUGGAAUCGUACCAAAGUUUUGGUUAUUGAUGAAAUUAGUAUGAUUGACGGUGAUUUUUUGGAUAAAUUAGAUUAUGUAGGAAGAGCAGUAAGAGGUACUCCUACCAAACCAUUUGGUGGUGUCCAAGUGGUUAUGACCGGUGAUUUUUUCCAAUUACCACCCGUUCCGGAUAGAUUUUCUAAAAAACAACCCAAAUUUUGUUUUGAAAGCAAAGUUUGGCAGACCGCCAUUAAAAAAACUGUUUUAUUAAACAAAGUUUUCAGACAACAUGAUAACGAAUUAAUCGAUAUGUUGAACGCUGUUAGAUAUGGGGAUGGGUUGUCGUCAUCUAUGAUCAACUUUAUAAAAUCUUUGGAAAGAGAGGUCGUUUAUGAAGAUGGGAUUCAACCGACUGAAUUAUACCCAACCAGAAUGGAAGUCGAAUUUGCAAAUAACACAAGGUUGAGAUCUUUACCAGGAAUGGAAGUUAGAUUCAUAGCGCGCGAUAUGGUAUUUGACAUAGAAAAUGAUACCAAGUUGUUGGAUAAUUCGUUCUUGGUCGAAAAAGAGUUAUUAUUGAGAGAAGAUGCCCAGGUCAUGAUGGUGAAGAACAUAGAUGAUACCCUAGUCAAUGGGACUGUAGGGAUUGUUUUAUGUUUUACAACUGAUCUUUUGUAUACCAAAAUUGUUUUACAAAGAAAGCAAGGUGCCAAAAGUUUAAAUAAUGAAUUGAUUGAUAAGCUAAAAUUUUUAUCGAAAGCCAUAGGGAACCCUAAUUUUAGAUAUGGUGAAGAUUACGAGAAUUUUUUUACUGCUUUAGUUGGAGAUAAUGAAAAAAAAUUAUGGGAAUCCUUCAUCGACGUUGCUAUUAGAGAAAAGUUGGAUGAUAGAUUACCAAUAGUGAGAUUUUCCACUAACAGUGGAACUGACAGUAGAGAUGAAUUAGUUAACUUUGAUGAAUUCACACUUGAAAAACCAAAAACGGCAUCUAGGUGGAGGAAUAAUAUUGACCAGCAAGCUGUUAAUGGUGCAUCAAAUACCAUAUCAAGAUCCCAAUUACCAUUAAUCUUAUGUUGGGCAGUAUCGAUUCACAAGGCUCAAGGACAAACAAUUGAAAGGUUAAAAGUCAAUUUAAAGAAAAUAUUUGAAGUUGGACAAAUUUAUGUAGCGCUUUCUAGAGCUGUUUCUAAAGAAACUUUGCAAAUUCAGAAUUUUGAUCCAAGAAAAAUCAGGGUCAACAAAAAUGUAAAGGAUUUUUAUAAAGCAUUAGAGAAGCUGUAA